UUUUUCUUUUUUUCCUUUUAAUCUUCAUCAAAUCAUAACUCCCAAUAACAGAAAGACACAAAGUAGAAGAAGGAGAAGAAAUGGGCUGCGUUUCGUCGAAGCUCUUUAGAAAAGAGCUUGAGAGGGAAAUCAUCACAAAACACAACAAUGGCGGCGGCGGCGGAGAUUUCGCGAACCACGUUGUCUCUCUCACUUCCAGCACUUACGGAGUUCUCAAACUCGACAACGAACGACAGCAACAAAAGCCCGUCGAAGAGCGUGUCGUGGCAGAGACCGCGAAGAAAUCGCAGUAUUCACCUCCGAGGGAGAACCCGGAAGUGAUCAACGCUUGGGAGCUAAUGGAGGGACUUGAAGAAAAAGAAGAAGAAGAAGAAGAAGAAGAAGAAAGAAAAUCCAUUUCCAAUCAGGUCAAGAAGAGCCCGAAAACGAGGGCACUCCUCAAAGGCUUCGGCGACAUCGACGCGAAGAGUCCAUUGAAGUUCUUGAACCAGAUCGGGUCUCCGAGAAAGGCGAAAAGCGGCGGAGGGGAAGAGAACAGAGUGAGUAAUCAGAGUUAUGGUAUUAGUGGAGGCAGAGGUAAAUGGGAUUAUAGCCCCAGACAGGUUUUGAGAGUGAGGAAUUCGAGUGAGAAUCGUUGUAAAGCGGUUUUGAGUUUGAGUUUUCCGGCUAAAGGGUCUCCGAUUAGUGCGAAAAGGGAGAGUUUCGGAAAAAGCCCUCUGUUUGAUCCGGAGCUUGUGGCUUCCUAUGAGAAGGAAUUGUCCGCUGAGGGAGGGGAGAUCAAGAGAAUGGUUUCCUUUUCACCUAAUGUCAAGAAAUCGAGGGAUUUUUCGGUCGAUUCGGAGGCGAUUCUGCUGUCUUUCGAGAAGAAAUGCCCGCCGGGGGGCGAGAAUUCGGUCGUGAUCUACACGGCGACGCUGCGGGGGAUUAGGAAAACGUUUGAGGACUGCAACAAGGUCAGAUCAAUCUUCCAAUCGCACCUAAUCCACGUGAUCGAGCGCGAUGUGUCGAUGGAUUCGGGGUUUCGAGAGGAGUUGAGGCGGCUAAUGGGGACUAAAGAAGUGAAAGUUCCACUUGUUUUUGUGAAGGGGAGAUUGGUGGGAGGAGCUGAUGAGGUGGUGAAGUUGGAGGAGGAAGGGAAGUUGGGAGCCCUUUUCGUCGGGAUCCCGAGGGCUUUCGGGUGUUGCGAAGGUUGCGCCGGGUUCAGAUUUGUCAUGUGUGGGAAAUGCAAUGGGAGCUGUAAGGUCUUGGAUGAGCAGCAAAAGAAGAUGGUGAGAUGUGGUGGGUGCAAUGAGAAUGGUUUAGUCCAUUGCCCUAUUUGUUAGUCUAAAAAAUUUUAAAGCUUUGAACUUAUUAUCAAGUCAUUUUGUUAAGAACAAGGAAAUGGGGUUUCUAAAGUGGGUUUUAGGCCUCAAUUAUUAUUGCUUGAUUGAUAUAUAUAUGUUGCACGCUUGUCGCUUGGUAUGUGAUUUCAUAGCCAGCAAUUUGAUAUGUAAUGUUUUGAUCAUGUAUGUAUUUUGAUUUUGGAAUAU